GAGGCCGAGGCAGCGCUGCACGUCUCCAGCGUCAGAGCCCAGUGUCUGCUCAAGUUCCAGCUCAGACCCGUAAUGGAGUGGCAAAGAGACGCCAUCCCCUCCUGCAACACGGAGGAGUUUGUGAAAGAAGCGUCGGAGGUCCCAAACUUUCUGGAGGAAGUGGACAAGUGCAGGGAGAUUUGCUCCACUGCCGCUGCUCAGCGUUCUGGGCAAAGAGAGAAAUCCUUCGAGGUUGUUUUCUUGGGAACAGGAUCCGCUCUUCCGAUGAAGAUCAGAAACGUCAGUGGCACUUUAGUGAAUAUCAG